AUGAUGAAGCUAUCUACAGCCGACUUCUCCCGGGCCUUCAAUACGGCGGUCAACUGGGCACAAGCAAAUGGGAAGUUCACCGGAACUAAGGUAUCAAUGUCCCUGACACGCUGGAAGCGUGACAUGAUGGAUAUGUUCGAGGGACUUUGCGUAACGGAUGAGAGAGACCGGUUCAAGUUAGCCAGUGCAACGAUUUCACCAGAGCUACGGGAUGCCUGGGCGUCAUACCAGGAUAGUCACAAUACGGGCGUCGUAAAUGAAACGAUGAAGCUACAGGACUCCUUCUCCGACCUGUAUGAUUUCCUCGACUCUCGGGAGGCAGCAUCUGGAGAUUCAGUGAUUGCGCUGAGCAAGUUACAGCAGCUGACACUUGCUGAAGGUGCUGAGUCGACAAACGAGUUCAACACACGUUUCGACCAACUGGCGCGCCAAGCAGGGAUUAAGAGCGAUGCACUACUAGCUGACCAGUAUGUCCUAUGCUUACCGUUGGCAAUGCGGACCUCUGUUAUGCGGAGCUCGGACAAGUCUCUCAUCAGUAGGAAGGCGGCCGCACUCCAAGAACUACAGUUUGCUCGCCACUCUGCAACCACGCACAACACUACAAGGUCGAGCAUCACAGGCUCAGCCACGGAUGGUGAGCCUAUGGAGGUGGACAACUUGAAGGUGCGCGCAGCGAAGACCCGCUCACAGAAAACCAUGGGAUAUCGUGGAGGCUCAAGUAUGCUAUUCGACCGCGUUAAAGGCUGGGUGACAUAUGACGAGUUCACUGCACGCCUGAAGGCACGCAAGUGCAUCGCAUGUGGCCAUGAGGGACACAUACUUCGCCAGUGUGAUGUAGCUCGCCAAAAGGGUGCAACAGGCAACAAGAACACAGCACGAGUCAACCAGCUCAAUAUGAAGAAUGGUAACGAGUCUGAUGACUCAUUCUCAGGGAGCCCCUUGGGAAAAGAGUAG